UAUAGUAACAUCCCACCAUCCCACCUUAAAUUCGAUCAUAGGUACUUAGGUACCUUACCCGAACCUCAAACCAGCUCGCCAAUCAACUCAACCUUAAAUUCCAACCCCCCUGUAAAGCCGGCAAUAACCCGAACCACCCAUCGAAAAAAGCUUCCCGCAAGCCACAAGCCCGUCUUUCCCUCACGCCACGAACAAUACCUACCUAGUAAAGAGUUCCAAGAGUCCCAAAUAUGGACUCCCCGAUCGUGACCCAACUCUUCCGCCAGCUAUUCAGACACCCGGCUUGUCAAUCGAGGAGAAACCUGGUCACGUUGUCGUCCUGCCUUCGAUAUGGACGACAUAUCCUCCAGCUGCAACAUCAGCAGAGGCGGCACAAGGCCACUCGGCCGCACAUCGUCAGAGGGGCGAAGAAGGGACUGCCGGAUAAGGAGCUCCAUUGGCAGCAGAGGAACGAUCUAUUCUCCGUCGACCGGUACGACGAGUAUAAGGCGUAUCCGACGGUGACGGCGAACAGUCUGAGAUCGAAAGGGGAGCGUCCGCGCCAGGUCAAGAUGCUCAUGCGGGACUUCAUUGAAGACAGCCUCUAUAAUCCUCACUACGGCUACUUCUCCAAACAGGUCGUCAUUUUCACGCCCGGGGAACCUUUCGAUUUCAACUCUAUACCAGACGAACCGAGUUUCUACUCCGAGCUCGGGAGGCGGUACACCGAAUUCGAGGAUGCGCUGGAUGCUAAGGACAAGCAAGUCAACGACACGCGACAGAUAUGGCAUACUCCUACCGAGCUUUUCCGCCCUUACUACGGCGAGGCGAUCGCGAGGUAUCUCAUGUCCAACUACCUCAUGACCACGUACCCCUACCACGACCUGAUCAUCUACGAGAUGGGAGCCGGUCGCGGAACCCUCAUGCUUAACAUCCUGGACUAUAUCCGCGACAUAGAGCCCGCCGUGUACGACCGCACGAAGUUCAAAAUCAUCGAGAUCUCGCCCUCGCUCGCCGCCCUCCAGAACUCGCAACUGCUGUCGACGGCCGCGACCAGGGGUCACGCCAGCAAGGUCGAGAUCAUCAACAAGUCCAUCUUCGACUGGAACGAGCGCGUGCCGUCCCCGUGCUUCUUCCUAGCCAUGGAAGUCUUCGACAACUUCGCGCACGACGUGCUGCGCUACGACCUCGACACCGAGGAGCCGCUGCAGGGGACCGUGCUCAUCGACGCCCAGGGCGACUUCUACGAGUUCUACGAGCCGACCCUCGACCCCGUCGCGGCGCGGUACCUGCGCGUGCGCCACGCCGCGACGCAGGGGCUCUACCGGGUGCCGUACCCGACGUCCCGCGCGGUCCGCUGGCUCAAGAAGCAGCUGCCCCUCGCGCCGAACCUAUCGGACCCGGAGUACAUCCCGACGCGGCUGAUGCAGUUCUUCGACAUUUUGGAGAAGUACUUCCCCGCGCACCGGCUGCUGACGAGCGACUUCCACACUUUGCCCGACGCCGUCCGCGGCCUCAACGCGCCCGUCGUCCAGACCCGCUUCCAGCGCCGCAUGGUCCCCGUCUCCACCCCGCUCGUCCACCAGGGCUACUUCGACAUCCUCUUCCCCACCGACUUCGCCGUCGUCGAGGCCGUCUACCGCGCCAUCACCGGCAAGCUCACCCGCGUCCUCAGCCACGAGCAGUUCAUGCGCAGCUGGGCCUACGUCGAGGAUACGAGGACCCGGAGCGGCGAGAACCCCUUGUUGAGCUGGUAUCGGAAUGCUAGUGUCUUGGUUACCGUGUAAGGGGAGCUGGCUGGUGAGUGGGCUUUGGUGCGGGAUGGCUGAUGGUAUGCAUACCUAUCUAGGUAGAUAGGAAGGGAGGGACGGAGGUCAUGUUGGGCUUGGGUAGACUACUAGACUAUGCAUGGGGAUGGUGUUAUGGUGUAGCGUAUGCAUAGGUAGGCUUGAUCUGAUCGAGCCUUGACGCAUUGGGAGCGGAAACGGAAGGGGACAUACGGGUUGUGUAUGUGUUUAUUUAUACAUAGCAUGUACGUAUACCUAUCACAUAAAUACGCAGCGGCCUGGGUAGGUAGGUAGGCUACCUAGGGUAUAUAAAUCGCCGGGUGAAAGCCACCUAUGAGGCUAAACAAACAC